GUGUUGCUGCCUAAAGAAGCCACCACGGCACCGAAGGACAUAGCUAACCUGCUGCAGACGGUGGGCCUGGGACAGAGCACAUACCAGAUUGGGAAAACUAAGGUGUUCCUAAAGGAGAGGGAGAGGCAGCAUCUGCAGGACACCCUGAACAAGGAAGUAAUGCGUCACAUCGUCAUCCUCCAGCGUUGGUUCAGGGCCUGUCUGAUCAGGAGGCACUUCCUCUGCAAGAAAGAUGCUGCCAUCCGAAUACAGCGAUGUUGGCUGGCGUUCCGAGCGGACAACAGGUACCUUGCGGCCACAGUGAUCCAGGCGGCAUGGAGAGGUUCUCAGGAGAGGACAGACUACUUGAGAAUGAGGAACAGCGUCAAGAAAAUGCAGGCACUGAUCAGGAACAGACAAGGUCCAAACAGCACCAAGGCUGAGGGAGAGAAGCCCACCACGCCUUCUCAGCUCCCUGCCAAAACGCAGUCCAAGCAUCAGUACCAAACCCAGCACCAGAGAAGCCUGGAGAGGACGGAGCUGAGGAGGAGGCAGCACAGUGAGGAACACGGUCCCAACAGAAGCCCCGAGACGAGCCCAGAAGUCAAUGGACAGAAGGCCGCCCAGAGGAACACAGAGACGGAGAAGAGAGAGGGAAGAGGCUCUCCACCUCCCCUCAACAGACCUCUCUCCUUCCCGCUAGACGCCAAGGCUGGCAGGGAUGGAGAGGGAGAGUCAACCAGACCCUCCCACCACACAGGCUCACUGAAGGGCUGCUCCACCUUGGAGGACAGUAAGGAGCGUGCUGAGGGAUGGAAUGUGAGCAGGAGGGAGGGAGGACACCAGGAAGACUCCCGCCAUGAGGUCCAGCGCCCCAGGAAUAUGGAGGGGUUGCUGCGGAACUCUGGGUCGGUGUCAGACAGCUCUCCCUUCGCCAUUGAGUUUCCGAAAUCUUUUGAUAUUUCCACGGACGGGGCUAGUUUCAGCCUCCCACAUGAGAGCAUAACCCGCAGAGACUCCAGCCAAUCCCAGCCGACCACUCCUGAUAGGCUUGGCUUCUUCAGUAAGUUUCGGAGGAAACGGCCGACUAAAAACUCACAGAUAAAUGCGUACGGGAUGGUGACCAAUGAGAAUGCACCAUCUGGGAAAGGAGCCACCUCUACCUCCUCCCUGUCCACUGGACGGCGUGGUAACAACAGUGAAGGGCAUGGUAACGCCACCAUCAGGAUCAGCCGAGCCACGCGGGUCUCCGAGCAGUGGAAUGCUUCUCUGGAACGGGAGAUCACCAACACCGACGAGAUCCGACACCUGGAUGAGUUCCUGGGGAACCAGGUAAACGAUCUGAGACCAGGGUGGCUAAAGAAGCUGUCAGCCCAGAGAGGAUCUUCCUACAGCCACCCAUUGCAGUUCAGACGAGACCUAUAA